AUGGUGGCCUACGGUCGGAGGAGGCGGAUCAUUCGGGUCUCCUCGAAUUUGGAGCUGAUGGAGGCCAUUGAGAAAGAAUUUCCGGAUUUGAGCACGGAGGAGUUCUGGAUCGAAUACUAUAACGAGUCCUUCCAGGAUUGGGUAGACCUGACAGAAGACGUAGUUCUUUCCAAGCAAGCCAGACUUCGGGUCCAGACUGUUGGGCCCGAGGUUGUAGAACCCACCUCGCCUGGACCUUCAGGUAGAAAUUCUCCUGCUCCGGUCCCUAAGCGGUUAUCAUCUGACUGUAAACCGGUCUCCGGUACAUUGGUGGAACCUCUCCAGUCAGCUGACUGCUAUGCUACUGCUGCUGGUAGCCCCGGUAAGUCUCAAUCUGGGUCGGAUUCCGAUGGCUCUUCCUCGGAAGCAUCUGCAGCUGGUUCCAGGAAUGGUUCUUCUUUGCGGAGUACCCCUCCUCCUAAUGCAAUGAGUCCGAAAACAGAAACGGAAAGUCAGACAGAGAACGAAUCGGAAUUCUCCGAGGAUUACUCGAGUGAGGAAGACAAGAGUAUAUACAAGUUUCUACUGAUGGUAAACGGAAAAAGGAAGCGAGUGGAAUUCCAGCAACUACGUGACCUCCUGGAAAUGUUGGAGGAGGACUACCCGGGGGUGAAUCCCGAUGAGAUAGUCUUCGAAAUCGAGUCUAUGGGAAACCCAGCGAAGUUCACGAUGAUACCCCUGCGUCUCCUUCCAAAAAGAGGUAAUCUCAGGAUAACCAUUCCCGUGAGAGACUAUCCUGAUUCCAUUCCUUCUUCCAAGACAAGCAUUCAUAAGAGAGACUCUUUUGAUUACGAUUCUCCUGACACCGAUGAGCUCCCGAUUCAGCCAGAAUUCAGCAAAAUUACUAUAGAUAAACCUCAUAAGACAACCCGGCUCCCCGUGAAACUGAAGGAAAUGUCACCCCUGUUGAAGAAAGCUGCCAAGGACAUCUACGAGUUGAAAACUCUUCCAAUCUACAUAGACAACGAGAAUCAUUUGGCCAAAUACGAGGUGGCUUGCCCAAGGGAUACAACGCUGAACGCUAACAGGAACAUGUCUCUCCUCCUAGUCGGAGGAACAGGAUCUGGGAAGUCCACGAUGAUAAAUGCUAUCGCCAACUUCGUGUUGGGGGUGGAAUGGGAGGACGAGUUCCGGUUCAAGAUCAAGACGGAGAAAGGACAGAAAAAGAGAUCCUCGCAAUACAGUCAAACGAAAUGGAUCAACUCUUACAUCUUUCAAUGGCAGGAAGGUUUCCGGAUCCCAUACUCUCUCACUGUCAUCGAUACUCCGGGCUUUGGUGACACUGACGGU